AUGUUUGAUGCUUUAUUCUUCAAUAAGGAGUAUCUUUAUUAUAUAAACGGUGAAAGGCGUAACAAAGAUAAAGAGAAUGUGUCAGAACGUACACGAAAUCCCCUUAUUCCGGAUAUCAAAGUAAACUAUGCUAUUUAUGAAGCCGAAGUUGUUACAUUUGAGCAAGCAAAAACUGCUGCUCGGAAAAAGGGUCUCAAUAAAGCAAUCAACGAUUCAAAUAAAUUAUCUAUACUAUUACAUGAUCAAAUUACUUUGAAAAAUUAUAUUAAUUUGAUAAAUUUGAUUUUAGAUGAACCUUAUGAUUCAUUUAAAGGAAUUAUAAGGCUCAAUUCAUUAGAUUCUAAACUUGCAAAUCCUGACACCUCAUGGAUCGUCAACAUUAAAGAAUAG